UCUUUUCUGGUUUAGGGUUCCGGCGAGUCUUCCUGAAUCGGAGAAAUCCAAUUCACUUUGAAGCUUGAACAAUGUCUCAGGUUCUUACCAGGCUCUCCAAGGCCUCUCCUUUAAGGGGCUUUCGUAUGUUCUCAUCAUCUUCGGUAACGGGUCCUUUUCUGAGGCUUGGCAGUAUGGUCAAGGUAGACAAAGAUGUCCCUGAUGACAUUCUCUUGUUCGAUGCUGCCAAGGAAGAGUACCUCACUGUCCCUGAGACACCCCUUCCCCAAGAGCUCGCUGACACGACGGUCGUCGAAUCUUCUCAUGGAUGGGGGUUCUUCUCUUGCUUUUCCGACCGUUCCUUGUACAUCUCCGACCACUUGAACCCACUCUCUUCUUCUUCCAAGGUCAUUCCUCUGCCUCCCCUUACUGCUCUCUCCUCUUGCCAAACCGACGUCUUCUGCAACGUCGCCAUGUCCUCCUCUUUUCCUAGUGAUGAUGACCAGGACUUGGUCCUUGCUGUCAAGUUCUUGGGCAGACAGCUCAGUCUCUGUAGACCCAACCGUGACUUGCGUUGGACUAACAUCGCUACUCCUUUCCCCUUCUUGGAAAGAUCCAACCUCAUGUACUCCAACAGAGACCGCAAGUUCUACUUGCCUCUUCCUGGCAGCACCUACUUGUGUUCCUGGGAUCUCCACUUCACCCCUAGCUUCCGUAAUUUUGUCUAUACCAACCGUCCCAGGCUGUCACAGUCCGAGCACGAGCUGUUGGAUUCUUGUUCCAGGGCAGAUCACUGGGUUGAGUCUCCCUCUGGUGAGCGUUUUCUGGUCAAAUGCUACGCUAACGACACUCUGGAGAGAGACCCUGUGUUCAUGGUGUUUAGAGAGGAAGAGAUGACCGACGGGGAAACAUUCAACAUGCAUUACACCGAGGACAUUGGAGAUUUGUGCAUCUUCAUUUCGCAGACUGACCCUUUCUGCGUCCAGGCUAGCUCGUGCCCUGGUCUAGUCCCCAACUCCAUCUAUCUUGUGGAGUCUUUCUUUGGUGUUUACCAUCUCCCCACCAAAAGCCUUCGUCCUUUUGAAGAGAAUCUGGAAAUGAAUGACGUUCAACCCAUCCUUCCUCACUGGCUUCCUCCUGUUUCUGUCUAGCUCUCUCAUCUUCUAUGUGGUAGCUAAGAUAUAAGUCUUUUAUUUUCUGCUCUCUGUUUGUGUAGUGUGUUAAACUGACUACUCUGUAGUGGUAAUAUGCAUAUUUAAUGA